AUGGCUUCGAGACUGCUCUCUCCUGCGCCGGCGAUGGCGCGGACAUGCGCGCGGAGCUCUCGCUUCGCUGCACGGCUCGCAAUCGCACCGCUCGCACCGCUUGCACAGCGACGCAGCAUCUCAGCGUACGGCUACGAGCAGGCCAAAGCCCUCACAUUCUCCGAGUAUGGCGAGCCGCCGUCUGUCCUCGCGCUCCACGGGCACUCGAUCUCGCCGCCCCACGGCGACAGGAUGACGCUCCGCUUCCUCGCCUCGCCCAUCAAUCCGGCCGACAUCAACCAGAUCCAGGGCGUGUACCCGUCGAAGCCGACCUUCACCACGGACCUGGGCACGCCGCAUCCCAUCGCCGUCGCGGGCAACGAAGGCGUGGCCGAGGUCACGGCGCUCGGCGACGGGGCGAAGAGCGCGGGCUUCAAAAGGGGCGACUGGGUCUUCAUCAAGGCGCCCGGCUUCGGCACGUGGCGCACCCACGCGUCCGCAACAGUCGCCCAGGUCGUCAAGCUCGAGGAGUCGAUGCGCGAGGGCAUCUCCGCCCUGCAGGCCGGCACCGUAAGCGUCAACCCGUGCACGGCGCACCGCAUGCUGCGCGCCUUCACGCCCCUGCAGCCCGGCGAGUGGUUCGUCCAGAACGGGGCCAACUCGGGCGUGGGCCGCGCCGCGAUCCAGCUCGGCCGCAAAUGGGGCCUGAAGAGCCUGAAUGUCGUCCGCGGGCGGGACUCGGACGCCGCAGACGCAAAGCUGAAAGCCGACCUGACCGCGCUGGGCGCAGACGUCGUCCUGACCGACGCGGAGCUGCAGGCACCGGGCCUCCGCGACCGGGUCAAGGAGUGGACAAACGGCGGCGGCGAGCGCAUCGGACUGGCGCUGAACUGCGUCAACGGUAAGCCUGCGGUCGCCAUGGCGAAGCUGCUCUCGCCGUCUGCGCACUUUGUCACUUACGGCGCCAUGUCCAAGCAGCCGCUGACCAUACCCGCGUCGAUGCUGAUCUUCAAGGAUAUCCAUUUCCACGGCUUCUGGGUCAGUCGGUGGGCCGAGCAGAAUCCCGCCGAGAAGCUGGAGGCUGUGGCUGAGGUGCUGGAAUUGACGCGCAGCGGCGAGUUCAAGGAUACGCCGUUUGAUCAGAUCACGUGGAGCCAUGACACAGGGGGGGACGAGCUGAUUGCCAAGGUCAAGGGGACGCUGGAGGGGUAUCGCGAGGGGAAGGGUGUGUUUGUGUUUGGCGAGACGUGA